UCCAUUUUGUCACAUUGUACUUUCUUUUGGGAUUUCCCUUAUCUUCAUUUCUUAUCUUCAUUCAUUCUAAAGCCAAUACAAAUUCCACUUUCAAUAAGAGAGGUUUAAGAAGACAGACCCCAUAACAGGUGCUAACCAAGGAAGAGUAAUGGCGGCUGCGCUUUCAUGGCAGUCUCAUUUGAGUCAGUCUCAAAUACCCAGAUUUGUUUUCUCUAAUGCUCCCCGCCCAUCUACUGCUACUACCAUUAAGAUGUCUGUUUCUGUUGAUGAGAAACAGAAAACUUUUACCCUUCAAAAGUCUCAAGAAGCUUUUAAUAAAGCUAAGGAGUUGAUGCCAGGAGGUGUAAAUUCUCCUGUACGUGCUUUCAAGUCAGUUGGCGGUCAACCUGUUGUGAUUGACUCUGUGAAGGGCGCUUAUAUGUGGGAUAUUGAUGGUAAUAAGUACAUUGAUUAUGUAGGUUCAUGGGGCCCAGCUAUCAUUGGUCAUGCAGAUGAUGAGGUGCUAGCAGCCUUGGCCGAGACAAUGAGGAAAGGAACAAGUUUUGGUGCUCCAUGCCUCCUCGAAAAUACUCUGGCAGAGAUGGUUAUUUCUGCUGUUCCUAGUAUAGAAAUGGUUCGUUUCGUCAACUCUGGAACGGAGGCAUGCAUGGGGGUUCUACGGUUGGCUCGUGCUUUUACUGGCCGGUCAAAGAUUGUAAAGUUUGAGGGUUGCUACCAUGGUCAUGCCGAUCCAUUUCUUGUUAAAGCAGGCAGUGGAGUUGCCACUCUAGGACUCCCCGACUCCCCUGGAGUUCCCAAGGCAGCUACGCAUGAUACUCUGACAGCCCCCUACAAUGAUAUUUCUGCUGUUAAGAGCCUCUUUGAUGACAACAAAGGAGAAAUUGCAGCUAUAAUACUUGAGCCUGUUGUUGGGAAUUCUGGCUUUAUUCCACCCAAACCAGAAUUUCUAGAUGCCCUUCGCAAUAUCACCAAAGAAACGGGUACUCUUCUUAUAUUUGAUGAAGUUAUGACAGGAUUUAGGUUGGCUUAUGGUGGCGCUCAGGAGUAUUUUGGAAUAACUCCUGAUUUGACUACACUUGGGAAGAUUAUCGGGGGUGGCUUGCCAGUAGGUGCAUAUGGAGGAAGGAGGGAUAUUAUGGAGAUGGUGGCACCAGCAGGACCGAUGUAUCAGGCUGGGACCCUAAGCGGAAACCCAUUGGCCAUGACUGCUGGUAUUCACACACUUAAGCGGUUAAAGCUACCGGGAGCAUAUGAACACUUGGACAGCAUCACUAGUGAACUUACUCGGGGAAUAUUGGAUGCUGGGAAGAAGACUGGUCAUGCAAUGUGUGGUGGGUAUAUAAGUGGAAUGUUCGGUUUCUUUUUCACGGAUGGACCAGUUUAUAACUUUUCAGAUGCAAAGAAGAGUGAUACUGCUAAAUUUGCCAAAUUUUAUAGAGGGAUGCUGGAGGAAGGUGUAUAUUUCGCACCAUCCCAGUUCGAGGCUGGAUUUACUAGCUUAGCACAUACUGCAGAGGAUAUCCAACGGACAAUAGCCGCUGCUGAAAAAGUUUUGAGUCAACUUUAAUUGCUCCAAGUACCGUGGUUUUGUACACUAGGCGGAGAAAUUUCCUUUAAGGUUCUCUCUUUUUUUGUGAUAAAUAAAACACAUUUGUAACCAAAAAGUUUUGUAAUAUCUUGUUAAUUGAGAAAUAUCCUCUACCGUGCCUCUUUUGGGGUGGGGACGCUGA